AAAUGUGCCAAGGUAAAUGAAUAUUACAUAAACGUACAUGCAAUACACCGCGCGUGCGAUACAUGCAUUACAUUAGCAUUCAUAUAGAAUUCUGUACUGCUGUCUGCAGCUGCAGCGCUGAUAUACACGGUAACCUUUGUCCAUGACGUCGGGCACCUGCAAUUGGCCUUGCCAGCUCAAACUCCUCCCUACGACUGACGACAAUGUUUUUGCGAUCUUUACCUUAAAAAUCCCUUGACUUCACCGAUCAGCAUUCCACACAAUUUUCAAGUGUUGGAAAAAAUUACUCUGUAUCUUAUUGUACUAUUUUUUCUCACGUUGACGUUGCUGUUCUUUGUCUGUAAAUGAUUUAAGGAAUAAUGGUUGAAUAUGUGAUCAUGAACUCCGGGUCCAGUUCCUACGAGGCCACCUACUCUCCGGAAUCUUACAGUUGCAGCGGCUACAGCAGUGCCGCCAGCACGAUAGCCGACAGUCCAGCCGCUCGUGAUUACACUCACGGAAAUUGUUUUACAUAUCCGGAGGACAACAUGCACAUAGGCAGCGGGGUGACCGGUGUCGAUAUGCCAGCCGCCACGGUGCCCACCGUCUCGCCGCACCAUCCCAGCGUAUUAAUCCAGAGUCUCACGCGCCCUCAGCCUAAUACGAACACCACAGUGCCCUGGCAGAACGCCGUACCGGGUCACCACGGUAAUCCCUCCGCUAAACUCCUCAAAGCCCAACGAAUUCGCCGACCGAUGAACGCGUUUAUGGUAUGGGCAAAAGGUGAACGGCGUCGGAUGGCUGAUCAAAAUCCCGAUCUCCACAAUGCUGAACUGAGUCGGCUUCUAGGCCGACAGUGGAAGGCGUUGACCCCCAGUGAACGUCAACCAUUUGUGGAGGAAGCUGAGCGUCUGCGCGUCCAGCACAUGCAGAACUAUCCCGACUACAAAUACCGUCCACGCCGCAAGAAGGGCCGCAAGCGCGCCGAACCCAACUAUCCUUCGACCAUGGUGCAGCGCGACGAGAACGGCUUUCCCAUCAAUAGCCGGUACACGGCGGCCAACAGUCGCUAUCUGCCGGCUUCUCCCAUGACACCGUUUCUCUCCCGCGCCUACUAUGAACAGCUGGCCGAAGGCUCGCCUCCGCGGUCCACUCCUACCUACAUUCCACCACUGCGCGAAUCUGUCAUCACCAGUAACUAUGCCGUUAACCCGCAUCAGCAUCAGCCCGCGGAUGAUUAUUACCGGCAGGAUAGUCCAUUGUACUGGAACUACCCGACGCUGCGCAGUGGUUGGGCGCCGUAUCAUGGCCCCAUGGGCGGGGCUCAGCCCGCGGGGCCUCCCAUGAUGGACUGCAAUAUUAUCCCGACGGUGAUGUUUAAGGAUGAGAAUUUGAAUGACGUGGAAAAAGAUGAGCUGGAGCAGUAUCUCAAGACGGAUGAGAGUUGUGGACUGCCGCCCAUGGGUGGCGCAUAUCACCAUGAUUAUGAGGCGUAUGUUGAUCAAGAAAGCAUUUGCGAUACGAUUUCCGCUGCGCAGACCGCGGUUAACGAUGAAUCCUUUACCGGCAUCAAAUUGAUCUACUAAUGAGGUGGUUUCUGGAGAGAAUGUGUUAUGCACCGAUCGUCGUUUUCGUCAGUCGGAAGUGCGAAUAUGCGUGCGCGCGUAAGAGCAUCGGAUUUCACAACCUGUCCAAACAGGUCAUAUUUUCUCGGCAUUUUCCUUUUCGCCAAAUAAUCCGGUUAACAAGGCGUUUCCCAGUUCCAUGUACAUAUUUAUUUUUUUGUUAUUUAACUUUUUCUGUGGUUUGUUUUUUUUGGGUUGUAGCAUCGGUAAAACCAAAAAAUGCUCGGUUAGUUAGUAAUCUUUAAACGAAAGGUGCUUGUAUUCGUAUGUGUGUACCCGGCGAAUGCCCGUAACCUUUUACUUUUCUAUAUAUAUUUUUUACUUUUUGCAUAUCCUCCUCAUAUCCUGUUUUCCAUAUAUCGCGAUCUCAUUUUUACUAGAAGGUCACUAGUGCGUUUGUUCAUUUGUGCGCACGAAUGCUAAUUUAUUGGGAGUGUGAUUCGCAGUGGUUGAUGCUAUGCUUUUGUCUGCUGUAUCUGUACAAACACGAUUUCAUAAUAAAAAUCA